ACAGUUGGUGUUUACAGUGUCAGCACUGUAGUAAACUCACCAUGCUGACAACCAGUGUCAGCACACUGCAGAAAAUGACAGAAGUACUGAGAUGAACUAGUGUCAGCACCAAGUUCAAGGAAGCAUACUACGCUGCCUGAAGUACUGAAGAUCAGCAAGUGUCAGCAGUAUUUCAGCACUAUUGUCAAUGUGUGUGUUAAAGUUGUCAGUAUUUGACUGAACUGUUCAAGAAAUCUUGUAAUUUCUAACUUUUCCAUUGAACGAAGGUAACAAAGUGUGGUACAGUGUACAUAUUAUGUGGUACUGUGUACAUAUUACAUCUCACAAUUAAUUCUUUGAAAGACUUUUAAAAAGAAUCCUAAUUCAUGACUAUGUGUGUAUUUUAAGUAUUUCUAUAUUCUUCUGUUAAACUUUUACAAUAGUCAUAGUCUUACCGCUAUUAUGAAAAUAAUUGUCUAACCACUAUUGUAAAAAUAAUAGUCAAAAAUUUCUCCACUAAUUUCUUUCACAAUAUAGAGUAUUUGUUAUUUUGAUCUGAUUUCCUUGAAAUAUUCUUUGUAUAUCAUCAUUAUGACAUCUCAAUGAUUUUUUCAUUGUACAAUACGAGUGAAGAAACUGCAUGAAUUAGGUUAAAUAUUUAGCAUAUCAAUAAUCAUGAAAAAACUCUUAGCAAGAAACAGUUUAUUGGUUACAGUUUUACCUAUCAUAUGGCAUUUAUCGGUUUAUAAUAGAAGUUUAUUGUAAUUAUUAUACGUAUAAUAAUACUGAUGGUAAUUGUGUUGAUGUGUGAUUUAUUGUGGAAUAAGAAUUGUGUUUUGUGUAUGGGAUAUUUAAAGUUACACAACCUACACUAGCACUUGCUUAACUUAACGACCUACACUAUCACGCACUUAAUUUAUGUGACCUACACCAGCACUCAUACAACCUACACUAACACCUACCUACAUGACCUACACUACCACCUACUUACUUUACGUACACUAGCACCCAUCUACACAACCUACACUAGCACCCACUUACACGACCAACACUAGCACCCACUUACACGACCAACACUAGAACCCACUUACAUGACCCACACUAGCUCUGACAUUACUGAAAUGUAAUACAUUAUACAUUGAAAUUAUACAAAAAAUAAAUUGUAAUAUUUAAUAAGAUAUACAAACCUCUUUGUAAAUGUUAUGUGACUUAUUUUUCAAUUUGUAUUUGUUACAAAAGUUUAUGUGAAAAGAAUUUUUUUAUCAGUUGUCAGUAUUUUUUUUUUUUUUAGAAAACCUUUACUGUAGAAUGUAUUUAAUGUAAAGUACAGUAAGUCUGUUGUUAUGUGAAGUACAGUAAGUCUCUUACAUGAAGUACAGUAAGUCUGUUGUUAUGUGAAGUACAGUAAGUCUGUUACAUGAAGUACAGUAAGUCUGUUGUUAUGUGAAGUAGUGAGUAGCCUACAAGGAAUUACUGAAAUAUUUACUUUAAAAACUUAAAAUAAAAGCAAGAUGAAGGUAAAGAAAGUCCAUCAGUGCCUUGUAUGUGAAAAAGUGUUCUCGACUAGUUACAAGCUGACAAGACACACCAGUAUUCACACAGGAGAAAGAUCUUAUCAUUGUCCAGAAUGUUUAAAAGGAUUUAUUGAUAAAUCCUCAUUGAAAAAACAUCAGAGAAUUCAUACAGGAGAGAAGCCAUAUCAUUGUUCAGUAUGUCUGAAAGACUUUACUGGUCUGUCCUCACUGAAGCAGCAUCAGAGGGUUCAUACAGGAGAGAAGCCAUAUCAUUGUUCAGUGUGCCUGAAAGACUUCAGUGAUAAAUCCUCACUGAAUAAGCAUCAGAGAAUUCAUACAGGAGAGAAACCAUAUCAUUGUUCAGUUUGUCUGAAAGAUUUUAUUAAUAAAUCCUCACUAUAUGAACAUCAGAGAGUUCAUACAGGAGAGAAGCCGUAUCAGUGUCGAGUGUGUCACAAAGACUUCAGACAGAGUGGUCACCUGAAUGCACACAUGAAGCUACAUACAGGAGAGAAGCCAUAUCAGUGCUCCGUAUGUCCAAAACUGUUCUCGGUAAAAUGUGCCCUGGUGAGACAUAUGCGCAAUCAUACAGGAGAGAAGCCAUUUCAGUGUCCAGUGUGCCAGAAAGACUUUAAACAAAGCUGUCACCUCAAUUCACACAUGAGGCUUCACACUGGAGAGAAACCAUAUCAGUGCACAGUGUGUCCAAAACUAUUUUCAGCAAAAUCUGCUCUAGUGAGACACAUGAACACUCAUGCAGGAGAAAAUACGCAUGAGUGUCCAGAGUGUCAGAAAAUGUUUUCAAGUGAGUCCUUUUUAGUUAAGCACAUGACACUUCAUAAAGAAUAUAAACCAUACAAGUGUUCAAAGUGUCAGAAAAGUUUCUUAGAAGAAGAAAAUUUAGUAAAACACUUAGAAAUUCAUACAGGAAAAACACCGUAUAAGUGUUCAGAAUGUCAGAAAGACUUUUCAAGAAAAUCAAAUUUAAUAUUGCAUCAAAAAAUUCAUGAGGGGGAGAAGCCAUAUAGUUGUUCACUUUGCUCACAAAGCUUCGCACAUAAAAUAAAAUUUGAAAAUCACAUGAGAAGUCACAACACAGAACAACCAUAUCAGUGUUCAAGGUGUCUGGAGAGUUUUUCCCAUAAAAUUAACUUAGUAAAUCAUAUGAUAACUCAUAUAUGAGAGAGAAUACAUAGCAAUGUGAAGUGUUUUAACCCUUCAGCUGUCCAAACAUAGAUCAACGUUUGUACCGCUAGCGCUCUGAACGUAGAUUUUUUUUUUACAUUCUUUUUUAGGGAGAAAAUGAAGGUCGGAGCACUAGUGGUGCAAACGUAGAUCUCCGUUUGGACAGUUUAAGGGUUAAAAACUUUUUGAGAAAAUCAAAUCUUGUAAGAUUUCUUAUGAUUUGUCAGUUCAGCAGGAAAAUCCAAGCAAAAUUGAUGCUCUGUAUUAGAAUUAUAUGUGAGACAUAUUAAACGUGGUAUAAGAACACAAAUCUAAAAUAACAGAAAGACCAGACUAAUAUACACUUCUUCAAAAUUCUAGUUUACUUAUUCUUACCUGUCAAAUUGACUUGAAAAAUAUAAGUUUGUAUGUUUAGUCUUAUCUGUAGUGAUUUCUGUCAUUCUGUUAAGCAGGUGAUAGUUCAUACUAAACUCAACCUCUUAUUUAUGUCAUUAUUUGUAAUUUUACAGCGGUUAAUUCUUUCACACAGUUUGGGCAGUUUUUGUCGUGUGUGUACCACCUCAAAGCAGAUUUAACUACUGUUUUCUCAAACAAAGUCACAGAUUCCUCCAUCAACACCACC